AUGGUUCAAGCCACCUCGAGUGAAUGUCGAAGACCAUCCAGCGACGACAAAAUUCUUCUUUCCAAGAUUGGUCUUUCGAAAGGAGAUUGGUAUCGAGUGUUGAAUUAUGACAAAACGAAGGAUGAAGAAUUCUUGGUGGAGAACGAAAAGACAGACUUUUCUGAUAGUGGUUAUGAGGAUGACGAUCAAGACAAUGAAUCCAAAGACAAAGACAAAUUUGAACCAAUGAAUCGUCGAGAAAAACGUCAAACGAAAAGUGCAUUGAAAAAACUCUCUCGCUUUGCCAAACAUGUCAUUCAAUCAAAACCCAAACGAUUCAAUAUAACAGGACCAACCAAUGAUUCUCUCAUUUCAAGACAAUAUUUUGUGGGUCGUCAUCAUUCUGAAUGUGUUGCAUGUAAAUUGGAUUGCAUGGGAUAUGGACCUGUUUUUAAAUUUUGUAAAAAACGAUAUUAUUUUUAUGGUUGUCAAAUGAAGGCACCUUGUUUUAGUGUUCAAGAUGGAAGAUCAGCAAUUGAGAUUGGUUUGGGAAUUUGCAUGAAAAGGAAUGGUUGUGUAUUGAGGGACACAGAAAUUCCUUCGAAAAGAGGAAAAUUGAUUUUGAAAACAAUCAUCGACCAAGUGAUUGAAUAUACUUCAGAUUUAAACGAGGAUGACUCUUUGAAUAUCUAA